AUGGCAGAAAAGAAAGAUGAGAAGGGCAAAGAUAAAAUAGAAGUAAAGGAAGAAAAGAAAACCGAAGUGAUCACUGCUAUUUACAAAGUUAACCUGCAUUGUCCGAAAUGUGGAAAAAAGAUCAAGAAGCAUCUCAUGACUACCCAAGGGGUACAUACUGUGGAUUGGGAUAUUGAGAAAGGAGAAAUCAAGGCAAAAGGGAAAUUAGACCCUUUGAAAAUCUUGGAGAUUAUAGAGAAGAAGAGCAAGAGAAAAGUUGAAUUAAUAUCACCAAAAGUGAAGCCUAAGGAGAUUACCAUUACGGAUAAAAAGCCAAAGGAAAUCAAAGAACCAAUUAUUCGCACUAUCACGGUGAAGGCUUUCAUGCAUUGUGACAAAUGUGAGGCUGACCUAAAAAGUAGACUAAUAAAGCACAAAGGUAUUUUUAAUGUUAAAACCGACAAGAAAGCCGAAACUGUAACAGUUGAAGGUACCAUUGAAGUGGAUAAAUUGAUAUCAUUUAUGAGAAAAAGAGUGCAUAAACAUGCAGAGGUUAUUUCUAUAAAGGAAGAAAAAAAGGAGGAAAAGAAAGAAAAGAUAGAAAAGGGCAAAGAAGAAAAAAAGUCUUCAGAAACUACCAAAGAAAAAGAAGUGGUUAAGAUUAGUGAAUCAACCAAGGAAAAAGAGGAGACUAAGAAAAAGGAAAAUGUUCCUUAUAUCAUUCACUAUGUCUAUGCACCACAGCUUUUCAGUGAUGAGAAUCCCAAUUCGUGUUCUAUAUCAUAG